UGCUGUAUUGAAAUUAAUUCAUCGGUUAAGUUUAAAUAGUGAAGUUUCUUGAAAACAUGAUGAGUAGAUCGAAGAGGCUAGUGGAAAUGGCAUUAAAGCAACAUGAAAAAGAGAAAACUGAGGAGAAAACGUCAGUAGAUGAAGAUUUGCCAAUUCCAUCCACUUCGCGUGUUUUGCCUUUACCUUGUUCUAGAGAAUCGUCACCUAUUCCUUCCUUCGGUUCGGAUCUGGAAAAUGCUUUCAGCUCAGAUGAUAGUGUUUUUGAUAAGGAUUACCAACCUCCAUCGGAUAAUUUGAGUGAUUUGGAAACAAGUGCUACAGAAAAUAUUAAUGAAUUACCACAGGAAAUAAUAUCAAACAAAGAAACUACUUCUCCGUCUAAACAGGCAACACCGAAGAAAAGGAAGGUAUCAGACCCUACUCUCUGGAAAAGAAGUGUUGAAAAAGCGAAUCGACUCAAGGGAAAAUCUUAUAAAACAACUACUGGUAAAAAUAUUCCUGCUAGACCUAUUAUAGCUCCUCGUUGCUUGAAUCUUCCUAAACACAAGUGUAAGGAUUUAAUUCCUGAAGAUGGCAGGUUACAAAUUUAUAAAACAUUUCACGGGUUAGAUACUUUAUACCAGCAACGUGAAUUUAUUGUAAAACAUGUGACUGUCAAUCUUCCAAAAAGAAAAACAACGAAUCAUGAGUCUCGAAGGAAAGCAACAAAGAGUUACUCUCUAACAUACAAAGGGGAGAAACAUAACGUCUGCAGGAAUUAUUUUUUAGAUACUCUAAAUAUUCCAGAAGCUACUAUUAGGGGUGCUUUAGCUAAGGUUAGUGAAACAGGCCAAAUGCUACCUGAUAUGAGAGGAAAGAAGGCACCACCACAAAAAACAGAUGAGAAUUCAGAGAAAUUUUUUAGGCAUCAUAUUCUUUCCUUUCCUUCUGUGGAAUUCCAUUACUGCCGUAAAAAAUCAGAAUAUAAAUAUCUUGAUUCUUCAUUAACAAUUAAAACUAUGUAUAAAUUAUAUAAACUGGAGUGUGAGAAAAUUUCUAGUAAGCCCGUGUGUUUUGAAAAGUACAGGAGGGUGUUUAGAGAAUACAAGUUAACAUUCCAUAAACCAAAAAAAGAUUUUUGUAAAACCUGUGAGGUUCAUAAAAAUACAGAGGGAAAUGAUGACCAAAACAAUAGUCAUGGUGAUUAUUUAAAACGCAAGGAAGCUGCACGUCAAUGCAGGGACGAGGAUAAAGAAACAGCAAGGCGUCAACGUCUGUUUUGGCGUUUAACUUUGACUUACAGUCAGUUCUUAACACUCCUAAGGGUGCAGCCGGGCCUCUGUUUUAUGUCAGAAAACUUGCAGUUUACAAUCUUACGACAUAUAACUUAGGAAAUUCUGAUGCUACCUGUUACCUUUGGGAUGAAACUGAAGGAAAGCGGGGAAGUGUGGAAAUUUCUACUUGUAUUUACAAUUUUAUAAUGAAUAAACCAGAAAUAAGGCAUGUUCGAAUGAUGUCAGAUAAUUGUGCAGGGCAGCAAAAGAACGUAACUUUUUCUAUAAUGUGUCUCCAUUUAUUAAAAGUACACCCUGUUCUUGAGGUGAUAGAUCACAAGUUUUUCGAAUCUGGACACACCCAAAUGGAAUGCGACUCCAUUCACGGUAAGAUAGAGCAGAAAUCGAAAAAUAUUCCUAUAUACACCCCAGAAGGCUGGGCACAAGUGAUAAGAACAGCACGAUCAAAUCCAAGACCUUAUGACGUCACGUAUCUUUUACACGAUAAUUUCAUAGAUUUUAACCAAUCUAAAAAAUCUGUUUUCCAAGACGAGUCAGGUCAGAAACUUAAGUUUCGCAAUGCAGUGUGGCUGCAUUAUGAAAAAUCGGCUCCAGAGACAAUUUUUUUUAAAAAUAGUUACAACGAUACGUCAUACACUAAAUGUACUUUGAAGAAGCUACGAGGGCGUCCUGUAAUAAUAUCAGAGCCUGCAAAACUGUAUUCUUCUCGAAUUCCGAUUUCGAAUGCAAAAAAGAAAGACUUAAAAAAACUUUGUGAUGAAUUAGUGAUACCCAAAGUUAAUCACGAUUACUAUGAUAAUUUACCUACAAAUAAAUUGGCAAGAGACAACUUGCCAGAACCAGAUCAGCUGGAAGAGUCUGAUUAUUCUGAAUAAUAAGUUCUAAGGAUUAAUCUAAGUUGAUUUUUGAGAUUUAAUUUUUGUUAAUUUUGUAUUUUUUAAUUUGAUCUUAUAAUUAUUAAUUUACGUUUAGUUUUGAGAUUUAAUUUUUGAUAACGAUAAAUAUUUUUUAAUUUGUUCUUGUAUUUGGUUUGGACUAAGUACUUUUUUUAUAUUAAAAUAUGUACCCUAAAACUAUUGUGCAUUAGUAUAGCGAAGUUGUGUAAUAAAAACCGACAAUUGAGUGAAUAAUAACAUUAAAUUUGGAACAAUAAUUAUUACGGAUUCGCUAGUUUACUGUCAAACUACAAUAUUUACCAAAUGUGUACCACAGUAAACUAACAAAUCUGCGUUUUACGCCUUUAAAAUCGAAAAUUUUCAAAGUUGCUCUUAUAGCCUUCAAAAUGGCCUCAAGUUAUACAUUAUAGGCAAAAAUAACAUUUAAAAAGAAUUAAAACUGAUUUUAGGGAAACAAAUCGAAUUGCUUUUUGCUCCCCUGAAUAAUUGAGAUUUUGCAGAUUCGCGAGUUUACCAUUGAAGGGACGAUAUGAAAACACUGCUACAGAAGAGAGGAAAUUCUUUCAAAAUAAUAAAACGAACUAUUUCCUUCUAAAUCUGGUAAUAGCUCGGCGGGUAUGAAUUUAUGGAAUCCAAUAGAUUCUGAUACAGUAGUAGAUAUAUUUUGCAUCACAACCUCAACAGACUGAGUCUGUAUAAGCACUUUUUCUUAUUUUUAGACGGUGGAAAUCUUGAUCAUAUGGUCCACUGUCUGUGUAUUUUUAAAUAUGUUACUGACAGUAUCCCAUUUGCAUUUAAUCUCAACUGGAUUUUCACAAAAGUCUACAAAAGACACUUAUAAUAAUAAUUGUGGUAUUUGUGUGAACUAGAACGAAAUUGUGGAAGGUAUAAAAUCGUAAAAAAACAGGACUGAUCUUUUUGCUCUGCCUUUGACUCAUUUAUAAAUUAUCUAUCAUUACAUCACUUGUAACCUAUUAUGUAUCCCACUAGAAAUUGAUAACUCUGAAUCUGGUGGAAAGGUGUUUGAGGGGAAUUCUUAAUUCGAGUCCCAUUUCAGUAUCAAAAUAGAUCGUGUCGAGCAAGGCACUAUGAUUUAGUGCGUUUAUAACAGUUGAUCCCAAAGCAAAUUCACAGUUUUUAGAUACGCACACCUUGUAUGUUAAUUUUUCAACUUUAUUUUAUAUUUGUUUUACAUAAUUAAGGUCACCGUAUGAAAGAUGUAGGUAUCCUCAUCACAUAGUUUGUACAAUAUAACAAUACCGUGGUUCUUAAAACCAAAGUAUUAAAUUCUUAUCUAAAACAUUAAAUAUUUAUUUUCAUUCAUAAAUGUUGUUAUUCCUAAUGACAAAUAGUUUAUACUCUUCAAAUUUUUGUUGAGAGAAUUUUGCAAAUGAUUCGUCCAAUAAUGACUCAUACCAAAACGAAUAUAGUAGAAAACCCGGUUAUCAGACGUCACACUGAUAAUAGAUUUAGGACAGAUAAUGAACGUAAAAGAUUAAAAUAAAAACAGCGGGGGUGACAUUGUAGAGGUCAAAACGAAACGAAACAUCAAAACAUAGAGGACUGUACAAGGACUUUCCCAACAAUUAUCGAAUUAUUUCAAUAAAUAUGAUAUUAGUACUCGUAUAAGUCAUAAAGGACAUAUAUCUUAUAUCGAAAUAUUUCAUUGAACUAAAACACCCAAUAACAAAAGAAGAAA